ACUUUGAGUACGAUAUGCUACAUCUUAUUAUUUUUUAAUAGGUGCUUUAGUCAGAUGUUGUAGUGUUUUGUAGUGGUAUUAGUGCUUUGUACAGAAAUGUAAUUACUUUAAUCAUAUACUAAACUUUUGUAAGCACCCGCAAACAAAUUUAAAGAGAAACAUUUUAUGUAACGACUAAAGGAUUACUGCUAUCUAAAUUACACACACACACGAAAUCAUAUCGCCACCCCAAACCCCCCACUGCAAAGAAGCCAGUUAGUCAGGCAUAACUAGUUGUGUACCUAUCGUAUAAUGCCAAGACGGAAUAAGACGAUCACGGAUGUAAACGUACAUCGUCGUCGCUAGCUACUUGAGGAAGAAUGGCAAAUGACAAGGACCCCUUAAAUCAGCUAAAGAACCUCGCACAGCUCAAAGACCAACUGGAAGAUCUCCAGAGACGAGUGGAGAGCGAAGUGCAGGCAGGGGUACCGCAGGGUGGUUCACUGCUGGCCUCCCCUUUCCUGAAGGGAUUCCUGGCUGGCUAUGUGGUUGCCAGGCUACGUGCCUCUGCAGUUUUGGGGGUUGCCAUGGGAACCCUCACAGGCAUGUAUGUUGCUCAGAACUAUCAGGUGCCUAAUAUUGAAAAGACCAUAAAGGACUAUAUGGACACUCUGAAGAAAGGUCCCAGUAAUUAACAAAAAGAGGUAACUUUGUUUUCUUAAUUGAAGAUGAACAGAUUGCAUUGCUGCUAGCUUCCUAGUAGCACAACUCCAUAUAUGAGCUCUGUUCCUGCUCUCUGCUUGACCCUUUCCUUGAAGACUGAACUAAUAAGUGUUGUCUAAGAGCAAGUGGAUGUGGAGUCUGAAUGAGACAUGGGGGGGGGGAUUUGGUGAAGAAGAGUUGAUGGAAUAAGGAUUGUAUUAAUGUACAUGAUGCUGUGUUGUAUGUCAUAUAAUUUCUUUUGGAAAGUUUGCUGUAGUCUUGUUGGUUAAUGUGAUUUAAAAAUAUAUAUAUUUUAUUUUGCAUAUUAAAAA